ACCCCGGCGGGGAAGGGGGCUUCCCCCGGCUCCUGUGGCACCAUUAUAAACCCGGCACGGCCACAGCGCAGACAGACAAGCCAUUGACGCACGGCGUACAGGCAUCCUGACAGCCUCCAGCCUGUGCAACUGCCUCCGUUCUGCCUCCUUGCAGCCCAGCGACCUCCAGCACCCCUCCAGCCUGUGCAGGUGUUUUGAAUCAUCCAGCGUCAAGUGGGACCGCUUCGACUCCUGCUCCAGUCAGGGCAAGGCUUGGAUCCAUCACAACAGCCUCCAAUCCCUCUUGCGUCUAUGCAACAACCUGGAACCCCAUAGUGCCCACCACAGCAGCUUGCAGUCCGCCUUCAACGGGUGCAACAGCCUUGAAUCCGCCAGCGUCCAGCACAACUGUCUCCAGCUUCCGUGACAGCCUCAAGUCCACCAGCAUCCAGUGUGACAGCCUUGAUCCCACCUAAGCCUGUGCAACAGCUUUGAGUGCUCGUGCUCCACCAUUCAGCGUAACAGCCUUUUAGCCUUGACUUCUCUACCCAGUGAGACGACGUAUAUCCUUCCAUCCGGUGCAUUAGCUUCAAAUUCUCUUCAGGCUAGCGCAAUAGCUUCCAGAUUCCUGUCAUUCAUUGCAACAGCCUGUACCACUUCAGCCAACGCUAGUUACACCAUCCAGUGCAAUAACCUCAAAUACUCAGUCACAGCCUCUGUGACUGCUGUUAUCCUGCCCCCUUCCAGUCACAAAAGAGACAGUUUUCAGUAACUGCAGCAUCAACUUUGUCACCUUGCCUUCAGGAAACAAUGGAGGUACGUGUUCCUCGGAGGAGCCCCAGUUACCUCUCCGAUCUGUAUCAGAACAUGCUAAGGGCUGAAGAAGCAUUGGGUCCAGGACGGUGGCGGCAGGAGCACCAGCCACUGCGUGGCAGCAGGGCCAGUCUGAGCACCCCACCCGAGAGGGAGCCACAGCCCAGUCAUCUUCAGAGCAGCACUACUAUCAGCUGUGACCCACACCUGCAGCCUAUCAUACGCCGACGAGCCAGGUCUUUGCCCACUUCCCCUGAGAGGUUGAAGAAUACAGCAGCACAAUGCCGUGUUCCUGGGUGCAAGAGAAGCCGCAUAAACCAUGUGAGAUUUGCUGAUGCAUUGGGCUUGGAGCUGGCUGAAGUGAAAGUCUUUCAGGUUGGGGAGGACCCAUCCAUACCCUUGCAUGUCCUGUCCAGGCUUUCCAUCAACUCAGACCUUUGUUGCAGCCAGCUGGAUAUGGAGAUCACCAUGCAGUGCUUGGUACCUGACUUCCAGCAGCCUGUGGACUGUGUGGACUUCUCCACCCGCCUUCAUCAGCAGCUGGUGUGUCUAGAAUGUGUGACCAGCUCAGACCUGGGGCUCAGUGGCACUAUCCAAGUUCUCAAUUUGGCCUUUGAGAAGCAGGUGUCUGUGCGCUACACCUUCAACCAGUGGAAGAGCGUGCAUGAAGUGUGUGCUCAUUGGCACAGCAGCAAUCCUGAGGCGGAUGGGAAGGGACAAGCUGAUGUCUUCACUUUCUUUCUCCCCAUGCCUCCUUUCCUUCUCCAGCUGUGCUCUGUAGUCCAGUUUGCAGUGAGAUAUCGUGUCAAUGGGCAGGAGUACUGGGAUAACAACCAAGAUAAGAACUACAGCUUCACCUGCAGGAGUCACCUUCUCAAGAUGCCAAGGGAAUGUGAGGCGAGCUGGAUCCACUUCAUCUAAGCAAGAAGAAGAUAUAUGGAUAUGGAAUGGCUGCAGUGGCCUUUUCUUCCUUGAUGUUCCUCUCUGCUUCUCUGACAGCACAGAAAUCCUUCAAGAGGCAAAGAUGUUUCAAAAUGAGAGUAACAAGUGAUCUGUACAAAACUUUUGUGUAAGAGCUCCAGAAAGGAUGAAGGGCCAAAAUCUGCAUGGAUUUACAUCCCUGGAGACUUCAUGGGAUUCAAAGAGAUUUCAUAGACAGGAAUCAGGGCAGAACUGGCUCAAAGGGACACUGUCAGGCUAAAUAUAUCAAAAGGAAAAUUGUGUUACUAAUAAUACUUUACAUAAACAAAAAUUUAAAAUUCCAACUUAUUUGUCACCAUUUUAUACUGUUUAAUUUUGUACACUUAACUACCUGGAAAAUAGGUUAGCUUUACUUUUUUGUUAUAGUUUUGUUUGUAGUAUUACCUUGGUUCUUGGGCAUAAUUCCAGUGCUGAAAACACUGCAGGGCAAUAUUUAUAUCCAAAUUAUUUGUAUUCCUAUUUAAACACAUAAAAAUAUUUCUAUUGAUA